CCCAGGAAACCGAGAAAGAAGCUAAAGCUAGUUUCUGGUUAUACUUGUUGAUGAGGAAUGGCCUCUGGUGUUAGAUUCGCGCGGUUUUUCGGUGGUUUUGUGUGCGGAGUCACCGUUAGCACUGGCGCGUGCGUGGCAGCUGUUCGAAUCUACCUUCACCCGGAGGAGAACAUUCUGGAGAGAGACAGUGCAGCACAGAGAAUCAUAAAGCUCUAUGGGCUGCCUGUGGCUGGCGCUGAGACCAGAUACUACACCAAUCACAUCUUGUCUUACGAUCAGAGCAAAAGGACGCCAAGAUGGGUGGCUGAGCACCUGUCUGCUGAAAAACUACUUGGAAAAGCCGACAGAAAACACUGCAAAUUCAAGGCAGACCCGAACGUCCCAGAGCUGUUCACAGCACACAAUGAAGACUACCUCGGCAGCGGCUGGUCCCGAGGACACAUGGCACCAGCUGGCGACAAUAAAUUUUCUGAGCAAUCGAUGGUGGAGACGUUCUAUCUGUCUAAUAUUGUCCCACAAAAUUAUGAGAACAACGCUGGUUUCUGGAACAGGUUGGAGAUGUAUUGCAGAGAGCUGACGGAGAGGUUUCGAGAUGUCUGGGUAAUUUCAGGACCGCUUACUCUUCCACAACCAGGAGAGGAUAAAAAGAAAACUGUUUCUUAUCAGCUGAUCGGCAAAGACGACGUCGCCGUGCCCACUCAUCUUUACAAAGUGAUCCUUGUGAGGAAAGAUCCUUCAUCAGACGUGCUGGCGCUCGGGGCCUUUGUAGUUCCCAAUGUUCCUAUCAGUUUCGAUCAUCAGCUGAAAGAGUACCAGGUGAGCCUCAGCGAGCUGGAAAGAAUGUCAGGCCUGACCUUCUUCCCUAAGCUGGACACAAGCCAUAGUGUGAAGAACCUUUGCCUUCUGGACUCCUGUGAGCUCAUGGACUUUAAGCAUUUCACUUUGUACAUUACUGGCCGUAAGGUAAAGGGUGUCCGGUCCUUGGCGAAGCUGGAGAAGAUCAUGGCGGAGCUCAAGGAAAUUGGUAUCACUCCAGAUGAAUACUUAAAUAAAUUAUACUUUGAGAGGAAACAAGAACUCUUAGGAAAGGAAAGCCCUCAGGUCAAAUAAGGUCAGAUAAGGACCUCUGUGACAUUUUUUUCUCCGGGUCCAAUGUCAGUAUUUUUCAGUUGUCUUUGUUAUCAGUGUACAGUAAGAGAUUAGACAUGCCUUUUGACCAUGUUUUCAAGAACACAGAAAUCAGGAUUUUGAAACUAAAACUUUGAGACUGUUUCAGUUUUAUGAAUGAUUUAAUUAUUAUUAAAUAUUUUAAUAUUAACAGUUGUUCUUGGUUCUCUAAUAAUUGUUCUUUAAUCGAUUAUUGUGGUGUUGAUUGUUUUGUUUGACUUUACUUUUGUUAAACUAUUUAUUAGAAACAAUUAUUCCAUGUUUUUUUUUUAGGUAUUUAUUAUAUAUUAGCAUCUUUUGCCAUUUUUCAUACUGCAGAGGAAAUUCAGAAGUAGGUCAGCUGUUAAGGUUGUGUGACUGAAAGCAAAACCUACUCUUCACCCUCCCUCUCGUUAUUUUAACAAAGGUACCCAGUUUGGCUGUCAUCAACAAAAAAAUAAUAAUAAAUGACAAGUUCUA